AUAAAUAAUAUAGUAAUACAGCAUUUCGCCGCUCUUUAAUUAGAUUUUUUUGGCCUUCGUCUCCGCUUCGUCUCGUCUCGUCUCACAACCGCCAGUCCACCACCAGCUCGCCGGAAUUCCCUCGCCGGAGAGGCGCUGCGGCUGCAUACCUAGGAGGAGGAGCGAAGAAUGGGGAGGAGUGGAGGGGUGCCCGCUGCCGCGCUCGCUCGCUAGGGUUAGGUGCGCGCGUGCGUGAGGAUGGAGCUCGCUCUCUGAGCUCGCCUCGCCCCCCAGCUGAGGGCAUUAGCUGUGCCGUCGCUGCGCGCUGGGUGAUCCGCCCUCCUGUGAGCUCCGGGGGAGCCGUUUUGGCUUGCGCCAUGGAGCCAUCUCUUCUGGGCGCGGCCACGGGUUGCGUGUUGUGGUAAGCUCCUGGCCGCGACAAGCUGAAGCGGAUCUCGACUGCCGAUCUGGUGCUAGCAGGAUGCCAGCUAGAAUCAUGGAGCAGAGGCACCACAUGCCCCCAUUCCACCUCCCCGUGGAGUCCGAAUCGUCUUCUCCCAUGUGAAAAAAGAUUCAUUGAUUUCGGGAAGUAGGUCUGCUGCAUCUUCUCCAGUCGAAAAGCCAAAGCCUAUUGGCCAAAGGUUGUGCAUCAAUUAGGGCUUAUGGAGCCAUACAAGUUGAUGGACCAGAAAACUCCCUUUGGUGAGCGCAAGUUGUUGGGCCAUCAAAGGCAUGUUAACCUGCCGCCAACCCCCUGGAGGGCUGAUCAAGAUCCUCUACAACAACAUGAUUCAUUUUCGAAGCCGUUGGCUUUAUUUCCUAAUGCUAGAAAGGGACAUUUAAAUAUGACCCAAUAUGAGAAUGGACUUUUCUCAAGCUCCCUUCCAGACAUUUUUGACAACAAAUUGAGACUAACACCUAAGAAUGGCCUUGUUGGCCAGCCAGCUGAAAAGGAAGUCAACCAUGCAGAUGACGAGCCUUUUGAAUUAACUCAGGAAAUUGAGGCACAAGUAAUUGGCAAUCUCCUCCCUGAUGACGACGACUUAUUGUCAGGUGUUCUUUAUAAUGUGGGUCACCCUGCCCGUGCUAAUAACAUGGAUGACAUUGAUGACGAUAUAUUCUCUACUGGAGGUGGAAUGGAAUUGGAAGCUGAUGAAAAUAACAAAUUGCUAAAACUUAACGGUGGAGCCAACACCGGUCAGACUGGGUUCAAUGGCCUACUGUAUGGUGAAAACCCCUCGAGAACCCUUUCCAUUAGAAACAUUAAUACCAAUGUUGAGGAUACUGAAUUGAAACUCCUAUUUGAGCAAUAUGGAGACAUCCGAACACUUUACACUGCCUACAAACAUCAUGGUUUAGUGAUGAUAUCUUACUAUGAUAUAAGAUCGGCAGAACGUGCCAUGAAAGCGCUUCAAAGCAAGCCAUUCAGGCAGUGGAAACUUGAGAUACAUUACUCCAUCCCAAAGGAGAACCCUUUGGAGAAUGAUAACAACCAGGGCACACUUGCAGUGAUUAACCUAGACCAGUCUGUAACUAAUGAUGAUCUUCGUCAUAUAUUUGGUGGCUAUGGUGAAAUCAAGGCGAUUCACGGGACAUCACAAAACGGCCAUCACAAAUACGUUGACUUUUUUGAUACCAGAGCAGCAGAAGCUGCACUUUAUGCUUUGAACAUGAGAGAUAUUGCAGGAAAGAAAAUCAGAUUAGAGCGCUGCUGCGCGGGCGACGGUAAACGUCUGACGACGCUACAUAGGCCUCCUGAGUUGGAGCAGGAAGAGUAUGGUGCAUGCAAGCUAGGAAAUGCAAACAGUCUGCCGUCAACUUACUACGGUUCUGUCAACAUGGCUUCCAUGACUUCCGCUGGUCCUGAACAUGGGAUCUCUCGGGUUCUGCGUCCCAGAGUUCAGCCACCAAUGCACCAAUUCAGGGAGGGAGCUUUCCUGGAUGUUCCCUCAAGUACUAUGCAAAGUAUAUCCUCUCCUGUUAGAAUUGCAACUGCAGUAACGCAUAACAACCGGUCGACUGUCGGUGAGAAUGGUCAUUCACUUGGAAAGAUGGGUGGACAGAUUAAUGGACACUUGAAUUAUGGAUUUCAUGGGGUCGGAGCUUUCAAUCCACAUUCCCUUCCUGACUUUCGCAAUGGCCAAAGUAAUGGUAUUUCUUGCAACUUAGGCACAAUAUCACCCAUUGGAGUUAAGAGCAACUCUAGAACUGCUGAAGGAAUGGAGAGCAGACAUCUUUACAAAGUUGGUUCUGCUAACCUUGGUGGUCAUUCUUCUGGUCAUACCGAAGCACCCGGGUUUUCAAGAACUGGAAGCUGCCCCCUUCAUGGCCACCAAGUAGCGUGGAAUAAUUCAAAUAACUCCCAUCAUCAUACCUCUUCUCCCAUGCUAUGGCCGAACUCAGGAUCAUUUAUCAAUAAUAUACCAUCUCGACCUCCCACGCAAGCGCAUGGAAUUUCAAGAACAUCUCGCAUGCUUGAAAAUGUCCUUCCAGUGAAUCAUCAUGUUGGAUCUGCACCAGCUGUCAAUCCAUCAAUUCUGGAUAGGAGAACUGGUUAUGCAGGGGAGCUGAUGGAAGCGCCAAGUUUCCAUCCUGGGAGUGCUGGAAGCAUGGGUUUCUCUGGUAGUCCGCAUCUGCAUCAGUUGGAGCUCACUAGCAUGUUUCCUCAGAGUGGAGGGAACCAAGCCAUGUCCCCUGCACACAUUGGUGCUCGAUCUCCUCAGCAGAGGGGGCAUAUGUUUCAUGGAAGGGGUCAUAUAGGUCCCCCUCCAUCUUCAUUUGAUUCACCAGGUGAACGUGCAAGGAGCCGAAGAAACGAGUCAUGUGCUAAUCAAUCGGAUAAUAAAAGGCAGUAUGAGCUAGACAUUGAGCGUAUAGUCUGCGGCGAGGAUUCCCGGACUACAUUAAUGAUAAAGAACAUCCCAAACAAGUACACCUCUAAGAUGCUUUUGACCGCUAUUGAUGAAAAUCACAAGGGAACUUAUGAUUUUAUCUAUCUUCCAAUUGACUUUAAGAAUAAAUGCAAUGUGGGCUACGCAUUCAUCAAUAUGAUAAGUCCUGAGCAUAUUGUUCCAUUCUAUAAGAUAUUCCAUGGGAAAAGGUGGGAGAAAUUCAAUAGCGAGAAGGUAGCAUCACUUGCAUAUGCUAGAAUCCAAGGAAAAUCAUCUCUAAUUGCGCACUUCCAAAAUUCAAGUUUGAUGAAUGAGGAUAAACGCUGCCGCCCUAUACUUUUCCACUCAGAUGGUCCAAACGCAGGGGAUCAAGAACCUUUUCCAAUGGGAACACACGUCCGUUCUAGGCCUGGGCGAUCCAGGGUUUUGAGCUGCGAAGAAAGUCACCGGGACACUCUGUCAUCUUCUGCCAACAAUUGGACUCCUUCCAACGGGGGCGGCCACGCUUCAGGCUACUCAAAGGAGGCUGACCCAACCACAGCUUGAAAGCUGAAGCACUAACCACAACAUCAACAUCCAACCUUUUGACAUUUGCAAUCCCAGUUUUCACAUUACCAUCCUUUCCCACCUCUUUUUGCUUGUGGUAUUUUCGGAGUCUGUAGCUAUUUAGUACUUCCUAUGUCGUGGGCUACCAGAGGCUCCUUAGAGGCUGCAAAUUUUGUCGCUGAGUAGAAGCAAGGGAACGGACGGAGGGUGCUCCCAGUUUCUCCUGAGCCUAUAUGCGUGUAUUAACUGAAGGCCGUGGAAGGCAAAACUCGUGGGGAGCUCUCUGAGAUUUUGGACUGUAAGGUGUAACCCAGCGUUGUACAGGGUUUCCUAGUAAGAAUGCAUGACGGGGACAGCCGACACUGUAUUGGUGCUGUUGUAUGAAAGGCAGGCUGUGCCCUGCUGCGUCUUUUGAAA